AUGAGUCAAGCAAACGCAGCAGCAGACGCGACCGAUAGAAAUGUGGAAAUCUGGAAGGUGAAGAAAUUGAUCAAGAGUUUAGAAGCCGCUAGGGGAAACGGGACUUCCAUGAUCUCUCUCAUCAUUCCACCCAAGGAUCAAAUUUCCCGUGUUGCAAAGAUGUUGGCAGAUGAAUACGGUACUGCGUCCAACAUAAAAUCUCGCGUUAAUCGUCUAUCGGUGUUGGCUGCAAUCACAUCGACCCAACAGAGAUUGAAGUUAUACACCAAAGUUCCGACCAAUGGUCUUGUUGUUUACUGUGGUACCAUUGUCACGGAUGAAGGAAAGGAGAAAAAGGUCAAUAUUGAUUUCGAGCCUUUCAAGCCCAUCAAUACCUCCCUAUACCUUUGUGACAAUAAGUUCCAUACGGAAGCUCUAUCUGAAUUGCUUGAAUCGGAUAACAAAUUUGGAUUUAUUGUGAUGGAUGGUAAUGGCGCCUUGUUUGGAAAUUUGAGUGGUAAUACAAGGGAGGUGAUUCAUAAAUUCGCGGUGGAGUUGCCAAAGAAACAUGGGCGAGGUGGUCAAUCUGCAUUACGAUUUGCUCGUCUUCGAGAGGAAAAACGUCACAAUUACGUUCGUAAGGUGGCAGAGUUAGCUGUCCAAUUCUUUAUCACAAACGAUAAGGUCAACGUUACAGGACUUAUUCUCGCAGGUUCUGCGGACUUUAAGACCGAGUUAUCUCAGUCCGAUAUGUUUGAUUCGCGUCUUCAAACCAAAGUUAUUAAGCUCGUAGACGUUUCUUAUGGUGGAGAAAAUGGAUUCAAUCAGGCCAUCGAACUUGCCGCCGAAAGUCUGGCGAAUGUUAAAUUCAUUCAAGAAAAGAAACUCAUCUCGAAGUAUUUCGAUGAGAUUUCCCAGGACACUGGUAAAUUUUGCUUUGGUGUCGAAGAUACACUCAAAGGUUUGGAACUUGGUGCCGUUGAGACUCUUAUUGUCUGGGAAAAUCUGGAUGUUACUCGUUACACCAUGAAGAAUUCUAGCGGAGCCGAGGUAAUCGUCCAUAUGACCAAAGAGCAAGAAAAAGAUCGCACUCUCUUUCUAGAUAAAGAGACUAAUGUAGAAAUGGAGGUUUCGGAUAGACUUCCGCUUUUGGAGUGGUUUGCUGAUCAUUACAAGGAGUUUGGUGCUACACUGGAAUUUGUGACCAAUCGUUCUCAAGAAGGUUCACAAUUUGUCAAAGGAUUCGGUGGAAUUGGAGGAUUGCUUCGUUACAAAGUUGACUUUGAUACUCUGAAUUACGAUAGUGAAGAAGAUGGUUUCUUUUCUGGAGGCGCAACGCAUGAUGAUGUUAGUAUAGACAAGACCAUUGGAACCAUGAAGUGCAAUAUCAAAACAAUCUUAAUUUCACUGAAAAAUUACCCCAAAAUAUUUCGAGCUGUUUUUGUUGAUGAACAUGCAGCAUUGAAAUACACAAGUGAGAUCUGGCGACUAAAUGAAAUUAUAUGUAAAAGCUACAAUUCACUUCACCCAUCCAUAGGGCUAUUGGCAUACAGAUAA